AUGCCGUUCACUAACUCCAUCGCCUCCUUCCUCCAUGCUGUCCCAUCCCAUCUCCCUCAAUCUCAACAUGAGCGCCUUGCUCUCGCCGUCGGCGCAGCCGCCCUCAUAGGCUCUUCAGCCCUCAUUAUUCCCGCCGCGUAUCGCGACUAUACUAUCUUCAAAUCCUACGGCCCGGGUGGCCUUCCAAACAAUAUCUUCGGAUGGGUGUUUGUUCGCGGUCUAUACCAGCACUUUGGGCGCGAAAUGCUCAGCACAGAGGAGUACGACAGACGCAAGGACGCAGCAGAGGGACAUGGGAAGGAGGAUGAGGGCUAUUUGACUUUGACUCCCGAGCAACUUGCUUUGCGUCAGAAGGAUGGUAGGCCGGUUAUCGGUCCACAUGUUGUACCGCAGCGUCAAUUGACGCAAGUCCCAGAUGAAGAUGUGAUGGAAAAACUCAGUACGACUUUCCGCUCGUUCGGGCUGCGCAAUCACCAUCUUGUUAAAUCCCAGCGCUCAAAUUUGGAAGCUCAUGCCGAUGCUUUGUUCCUCGCAGAUAAUCUGCCGGCUACUGACUUGGCGGUACAAAUGAAGGGGGAGAUUACGCAUCUACACCAAGGGAAUGAUCACUCUGCUCAUCUCAUCCUUGCACCGACCGACUGUAAGAGAGUCAUUGAUGCGGGCUGGGGCCAGCGUCACGCCUUCUCAGGAAUCUCGGCUAUGCCGUUCCUUACCUUUGGAAUGGUGAAUAAUCUCCCUUCGGAGUAUAUUCUCAUAUAUGCGCCCCGUAACGAGGAAGAAAUCGAAGUUGUUAUGCAGAUAAUUGCAGCUUCAGUGAAAUUCAUGACUGGGCGGGAGAAUGUGCGGUAG